CCGAAUUCGCAAUCAGUUGGCAAGUGAGAAGCGAUCCAUUCAGAUGGCAGCCGCAGUGAUACCGAAAUUCGGCCAGGAGGAGCUCUUCGUGAGCCGCGCCACAAUUCAGUUGCAGUUGCCGCAGGGCGGAGCCGUUUCCAAUCCCAUCUUCGAGUGGCGCACACAGGUGGUCACGCCCCCAGCGGUGGUUGCCGCCCCCGAGGAGCAGUGCAUUAAAGGCCGCCACCAGCAGACCACGGAGGCUGCCACGCCCCUCAGCAAUUACUACACGCCUCCGCGAAUCUUGGGAACGGAGGCGAAGCGCAAGAACCUGCCCCAAACGAUGAGCAACUUCUUCGAGGCGGAGCGCUACUCCAGCGCCUGGAAUCGCGUGACCAAGUAGCCACCGAAGUCCCCCAAAACCAUAGCCCAUAACCCAUAAUAACCCACAACCCCAGAGAACCCGGAGGACCCGGAGAAUCCCACGAGGAAGGGUGGCCUAAUCGAUUAACCCAUUAAGUGCCAAGAGCUGCAGGAUAGUGAAAUUCCAUUCCGUUGCCAAAAAUUCCAAUUCAUGCCCCGAAAAUUGCUAACUCGAGUUCGUGAGGAGAGGGUGGAGUUGAGUUAGGAUAGAGAAAUGCGGGCCUAGAACGAAACCCAAACCAAGUAUAUAUAGUAAGCAUCCCAUGAAUAUUUAUGUGCCAGCACACCAUACCCUUCGUUAAACCCUGAUAAUGCAAUAAAAGUAUUAUUCGAUAGAUAAA